GUUACAUGUUUUCAUGAGGCAAUCCAAUGGAAGUCGAGUAAGUGUAUUACCUAACUCGAAGCAAAACAGUCUGAGGAAACCCAGAGUCCCCAACAAAGCAAGCUAUCCCUUCAACAUGAGUGCAUCCAGAAACCACAAAAUAUUCCUGAACCGACCCAACACCAACAUGAGCUCCGCCAACAAUAACGAACCGCCGACUCCGGAACCGCUCAAUUCGGCUCAAACCGAUAUGUUGCUAAAGCCCUCUUCAGGCCUCUCUCAUGAGCAAAAAAAGAUGUAUGGACAUAAUCGUUCGCCCAGUCGCGAAUUCAAAGAGCUGACCAAACGAGAUGCUCAGAUCCUUUUGAACAAGGAAUUGGAGAAACUCCAGAGAACAGCUCAGCUUCCCAAAGCCCAAGCCGACCUUGUGGACAAGGAAUUCGAUGGGUUCCGAGAUUUAUUUGGCAAAUUUCUCACCGCGGAACAUCAGUCCGUCAAAUGGGACAAAAUUGAGAAGCUCCCCGCCGAUGCGAUCCGAGCAUAUGACGAUCUACCACAGCCUUCCAAGAGUGAGAUUCAAGGGAUGCUCCAAAAAUUAGUUGUCGUCAAGCUCAAUGGUGGUUUGGGUACGUCGAUGGGUUGCAAAGGGCCCAAAUCUGUUAUUCCAGUGCGGAACGAUCUGACGUUUUUGGAUUUGACUGUCCAGCAAAUUGAGAACUUGAACAAGACCUACGACGCUGAUGUCCCAUUGGUGCUCAUGAACUCGUUCAAUACGGACGAAGAGACUCACAAGAUCAUUCAAAAAUACUCCGGGUUCCGAGUGAGAAUCAUGACCUUCAACCAAUCCAGAUAUCCCAGGAUCAACAAAGAGUCACUCAUGCCCGUGGCCCGAGACAUCCGAACCGAGAACGACAUCGAGGCAUGGUAUCCUCCUGGUCACGGUGACUUCUACCAAUCCUUUUACAAUUCCCACCUCUUGACAGAGCUGGUUAGCCAAGGUCGAGAAUUCGCGUUCAUGUCCAAUAUUGACAACAUGGGAGCCACAGUGGAUCUCUCCAUCCUGAAUUUGUGUCUUAAGGAGAAUCACGAGUUCAUCAUGGAAGUCACAGACAAGACCAGGGCCGACGUCAAAGGCGGUACUCUCAUUCAGUAUGAGGGCAAGUUGAGGUUGCUCGAGGUGGCUCAAGUAGCCAAGGAUCAUUUGGAGGAUUUCAAAUCUGUAAAGAAGUUCAACGUGUUUAACACCAACAAUCUUUGGAUGAGUCUCCCAGCAAUUACGAGGGUCAUCGAAGAGAAAAUGUUGGACAUGGAGGUCAUUGUUAAUCCAAAAGUGUUGGAAGGUGGAGUGAACGUCCUUCAAUUGGAGACGGCUGUGGGUGCAGCAAUGAAAUGUUUUGAUAACGGGAUGGGUAUUAACGUUCCUCGAUCGCGGUUCUUACCUGUGAAGAAAUCCUCGGAUCUGUUGCUCAUCAUGAGUAAUCUCUAUUCCCUGAGGAACGGCUCCUUGGUCAUGUCACCUGAGAGAAUGUUCCAAACAACACCUUUGAUCAAAUUGGGCGAUGCUCAUUUCAAGAAGGUUGGGGACUUCUUGAACCGAUUCGCCAGCUGCCCAGACAUCAUCGAACUAGAUCAUUUGACAGUCUCUGGCAACGUCAAUUUUGGCAAGAAUGUUGCUCUGAGGGGCACGGUUAUCAUAAUCGCUAAUCAUGGAGAUCAGAUCGACAUCCCAUCGGGAUCAAUUCUGGAGAACAAGAUUGUUUCUGGCAACCUUAGAAUUUUGGAUCAUUGAAGAGGCCUCUUUGAAUGGUUCAAUUUACUUCUCUUGUGGAGUAGAGUUGUCCGGACACCAUAACAUUGCAAAGCUUAUCAUAUGACAAUAUUAGGGCCGUUUGGUUACCUCGAGAGCACGAAAUGAAAAUCGGUUUUCGAUUUCAAUUUUAGUAAACAGUUACGUAUGCAUACUCCAUCGACUGAAUCAAUAGACUUGAAUAAAUUUUUAAAUCAGUUCCUA